AUGCACAACCCAGAUAAAUUAAGAAAUGAUCACUAUAGAAGAGAAAGUUAUGCAAAGGAAGAGCCUGAUGCUCCAUGGAAGACAUCCCAUGGUCUGAGCAGACCAGAUGCCAACAAGGAAGCACCAAAUGCCUGGCUCUGUGUUGGAGACCUCUUUGCAGAACUGGAAGGAUUCCUUGUGACAAUACAGGACCAGAAAAAUGAAUUGAAAGGAAUGGGAUAUCACAAGGAUGGCGAGGAAAUCCAGAAUGUGGAGAUCAUCUUCUACGAGGACAGGAACUUCCAGGGUCGGCACUAUGAGUGCAGCUCCGACUGUGGCGACCUCUCCCCUUACUUCAGCCGCUGUAACUCCAUCCGUGUUGAGAGUGACUGGUGGGUGUUGUACGAGAGACCCAACUACAUGGGAUACCAGUAUGUCCUGAGCAGGGGAGAUUAUCCUGACUACCAACGCUGGAUGGGAUUGAAUGACACAAUCAGGUCCUGUCGCAGUUACCCAUAUUACCGAGGUGGAAACUACAGGAUGAGGAUUUACGAGAGGCCUGACUUUGCAGGGCAAAUGAUGGAAUUCAUGGACGACAGUCCCUCUGUCUACGAUCAUUUCCGUUGCCGUGACAUCCACUCCUGUCAGGUGAUGGAUGGUUACUGGAUCUUCUAUGAACAUCCCAACUACAGAGGCCAACAGUACUUCCUGAGACCCGGGGAAUACAGGAGAUACAGUGACUGGGGCGGCUACAGCUCAACUGUUGGGUCCUUCAGGCGCAUGAGGGACUUCUAA